AUGUCCUGUUGGAGAAUCAAAGUGUUCUGCUGUGGCGAGGAGCAGAUCCCUGUUUCUGAAGCUGUUUGCCUUCAGUGUGUCAAUGCAGAGGACGUCACAGUGUUCUGCUGUGGCGAGGAGCAGAUCACUGUUUCUGAAGCUGUUUGCCUUCAGUGUGUCAAUGCAGAGGACGUCACAGUGUUCUGCUGUGGCGAGGAGCGGAUCACUGUUUCUGAAGCUGUUUGCCUUCAGUGUGUCAAUGCAGAGGACGUCACAGUGUUCUGCUGUGGCGAGGAGCAGAUCCCUGUUUCUGAAGCUGUUUGCCUUCAGUGUGUCAAUGCAGAGGACAGGACGUCAGUGUUCUGCUGUGGCGAGGAGCGGAUCACUGUUUCUGAAGCUGUUUGCCUUCAGUGUGUCAAUGCAGAGGACGUCACAGUGUUCUGCUGUGGCGAGGAGCGGAUCACUGUUUCUGAAGCUGUUUGCCUUCAGUGUGUCAAUGCAGAGGACGUCACAGUGUUCUCCUGUGGCGAGGAGCAGAUCACUGUUUCUGAAGCUGUUUGCCUUCAGUGUGUCAAUGCAGAGGACGUCACAGUGUUCUGCUGUGGCGAGGAGCAGAUCCCUUGUGUCAAUGCAGAGGACGUCACAGUGUUCUGCUGUGGCGAGGAGCGGAUCACUGUUUCUGAAGCUGUUUGCCUUCAGUGUGUCAAUGCAGAGGACAGGACGUCACAGUGUUUCUGCUGUGGCGAGGAGCGGAUCACUGUUUCUGAAGCUGUUUGCCUUCAGUGUGUCAAUGCAGAGGACGUCACAGUGUUCUGCUGUGGCGAGGAGCAGAUCCCUGUUUCUGAAGCUGUUUGCCUUCAGUGUGUCAAUGCAGAGGACUGUGUCAAUGCAGAGGACGUCACAGUGUUCUGCUGUGGCGAGGAGCAGAUCCCUGUUUCUGAAGCUGUUUGCCUUCAGUGUGUCAAUGCAGAGGACGUCACAGUGUUCUGCUGUGGCGAGGAGCAGAUCACUGUUUCUGAAGCUGUUUGCCUUCAGUGUGUCAAUGCAGAGGACUGUGUCAAUGCAGAGGACGUCACAGUGUUCUGCUGUGGCGAGGAGCAGAUCCCUGUUUCUGAAGCUGUUUGCCUUCAGUGUGUCAAUGCAGAGGACGUCACAGUGUUCUGCUGUGGCGAGGAGCAGAUCCCUGUUUCUGAAGCUGUUUGCCUUCAGUGUGUCAAUGCAGAGGACGUCACAGUGUUCUGCUGUGGCGAGGAGCAGAUCACUGUUUCUGAAGCUGUUUGCCUUCAGUGUGUCAAUGCAGAGGACGUCACAGUGUUCUGCUGUGGCGAGGAGCAGAUCACUGUUUCUGAAGCUGUUUGCCUUCAGUGUGUCAAUGCAGAGGACGUCACAGUGUUCUGCUUGUGUCAAUGCAGAGGACGUCACAGUGUUCUGCUGUUUCUGAAGCUGUUUGCCUUCAGUGUGUCAAUGCAGAGGACGUCACAGUGUUCUGCUGUGGCGAGGAGCAGAUCCCUGUUUCUGAAGCUGUUUGCCUUCAGUGUGUCAAUGCAGAGGACGUCAGUGUUCUGCUGUGGCGAGGAGCGGAUCACUGUUUCUGAAGCUGUUUGCCUUCAGUGUGUCAAUGCAGAGGACUGUGUCAAUGCAGAGGACGUCACAGUGUUCUGCUGUGGCGAGGAGCAGAUCCUGUUUCUGAAGCUGUUUGCCUUCAGUGUGUCAAUGCAGAGGACGUCACAGUGUUCUGCUGUGGCGAGGAGCAGAUCCCUGUUUCUGAAGCUGUUUGCCUUCAGUGUGUCAAUGCAGAGGACGUCAGUGUUCUGCUGUGGCGAGGAGCGGAUCACUGUUUCUGAAGCUGUUUGCCUUCAGUGUGUCAAUGCAGAGGACGUCACAGUGUUCUGCUGUGGCGAGGAGCGGAUCACUGUUUCUGAAGCUGUUUGCCUUCAGUGUGUCAAUGCAGAGGACGUCAGUGUUCUGCUGUGGCGAGGAGCAGAUCCCUGUUUCUGA